CUUCAGCUGAGGCAGCGGCACAGCCAACAGCAGGCGGCUGUAGUAGGCUCAGACAUGAACUCCUUGGAACAGGCCGAAGAUCUGAAGGCCUUUGAGAGAAGACUGACAGAGUAUGUCUCGUGUUUGCAACCUGCUACAGGCAGGUGGAGAAUGAUUCUGAUAGUGGUGUCUGUUUGUACGGCGACUGGGGCUUGGAACUGGUUAAUAGACCCCGACACACAGAAGGUGUCUUUCUUUUCAUCACUCUGGAAUCAUCCCUUCUUCACCAUCAGCUGCAUCACUCUAAUAGCUCUUUUCUUUGCUGGUAUUCACAAACGAGUUGUGGCACCAUCAAUUAUCGCUGCCCGCUGCCGUACAGUUUUAGCAGAAUACAACAUGUCCUGUGAUGAUACGGGGAAACUUAUUCUGAAACCACGACCAAACAUCCAAUAACAACAAGCACGUGUGCUCUGUUCAGACAAUGUAGCUGAUCAUGCCUACAGCCACUGACACCUUUGGGCGUGCGGAGCAGCACUGUGGCGGGUUCUUGUCAUAGUGGUGGAAAAUGCAUUGGGAACAAGGAAAUGAACUGAUGUGAUGUUUUAACAUUGUCACUGUGUUGAUGUCACUCUUGAAGCUGCUGAUCUGCUCCUGUAACCUUUGACCUGUUUUACUCAUUAAGCGUGAGUUCAGAUGUGUUUAUUUCUGUUUCUGAUGUUAGGCGUGUAUUUUAUCUAAAUGUUUCUAUUUUUAAAGUUAUUUACCUAAUAAAUACAUCAGAUGUAAGAA